AUGCAAAUUUGGAGCAUCGAGCCACAACAAUGCAGCGCGGCCGAUACAAAUACCCGCCAUCUCUCUCGCACACCCAGUCCGCGCUCGAAGCCUGCCUCGCCGUCCGAGACGAGAGAGGUCUGGAAACGCAAGGCAGGUAGUGGAGAUGUUCCGGUAAUGAUGCCAGAGCGGCUGCUUGCCGCCCCGACCAGUCUGCGAACUACUUUGGAUGCACUGCGCACAGUGGAGGAUGUGGAGCAGUUCACCGUGAUACAUAUGCCGUUUAUGUUGGGAAACAGUUUCACCCUUGACUUCCGAAGAGCGGCCUAUGCAGCUCUACGCUUGUCAGCGCCAAUUAUGACUGAAGGAUACUUGGCAUUCCUGGGGUUAAUGACGCGCUACCAGAAGUCGCUUGUCUUACGCCGAGGCGAGCCUGACUUGUAUAAAGCGGCAAAGGGCCUGCAACGCCUGCAGAAUGUGAACAUCAUGCAUGAAUAUGAUGCGGCCUGCGUCCUAUUCCUUGGCCAAGCCAUGUAUGUAUUUAAUGUACUCACUGCAGCCACUUCCACUACAGCCCAUUCCAUCGUGCGGAGCUCGCUCAUCACGACCAAGCAAUGGUAUCCGAGAUUGAUCCGGUUUCCUGCCAUGGACACUGUGAUCGUAACCCCGAUUCUGAUAGAUACAGUCGAGUGCUUAGUGCGCCGUGAAGUCCCCAUCGUCCGACUCGUGAUUCCAGGCCGUGUUGUUGUCGAUCGUUAUGUGGGCCUCUGUUCCACUCUCCUACCUCAUCUAUACGAUCUCUGCGAGCGCAGCAAUGCUCUGAAGAAAGCUGGCUUUGACACGACAUCCGAACCUCGCCCAGGGGUCCACGACUCGUUCGCUGAUAUAGAGCAAGCAAUCAGGGAAUGGAAGCCAGAAACCCCUGCUCGUUUAUUCACCGAGUACGGGAAACAUGAAAUCCUGAUCAUGGUGGCCCAAGCAAAGGUUUACUGCCUUGCGGCUCUAUUAAUCAUCCACCGACUGCGAUGUCCAUUUGGAGUCGAAGAUGGUCCUGCAACAGAUCUAGCGAAUAGCAUCAUCUCUGAAUUAUCAUACUUUGCCCGAGCUGCCGCCAAGGACGCGACAGCUUUGCCUGUGGUAUUCCCUUUGAUAGUGGCCAUGCUGGAGAUCGAAGGCCCAGGGGAGGAAAUCCUGGAAAAAUUAUCGUCAUAUACCGUUCAAAGUAUAUGUGCAGCAAAGCUCCAAGGAUUUGUCAAGCAGGUCAGAGCAUCCAGGGAGUCUGGAUUUAGAGGUGUAUGGUUCGACUUGGUUGACACACAGCUCCAUGCUGCUGUAGUCCCAUAG